CGCUUCAGAGACACAUACACGUUAUAGACAUACAGACCCCGCUGGCUGUACAGCACAGCACUAGGAAAUACUCAGACUAAUGGCGUCUUCACAACGCGUCCGACGGACCAGCUGAUUCUUAUAUCUGCCUGCUAAACUACAUGAAGACAGAAGGCAUCUGUACUUCUCAGCUGUCAUUGGGAGACUGAACCAUUUCUCUCGGAGAAUAAAUAAUGGAGGAGAGACUUCGAGACCAGCACCUUUGAGAGGUUCCACCUUCUGCACCUAUUUCAUAUCUGAACAUCUAAAGAAGGAAAAUAACUGUAUGGAAGAAGAUAAGCUCUGCGGCAGGCAUAAUGACCACAGCUAGGUACCGACCCACCUGGGAUUUGGCCCUGGACCCGCUGGUGUCCUGUAAGCUGUGUCUUGGAGAGUUUCCCUUGGAGCAAAUGACCACCAUCACCCAGUGCCAAUGCGUCUUCUGCACCCUGUGCCUGAAGCAGUAUGUGGAACUUCUCAUCAAAGAGGGCUUUGAAACGGCCAUCAGCUGUCCAGACUCAGUCUGUCCAAAACGUGGACAUUUACAAGAAAAUGAGAUUGAAUGCAUGGUGGCCACAGAGAUAAUGCAGAGGUACAGGAAGCUGCAGUUUGAGAAGGAGGUGCUGCUGGACCCGAGCCGGACCUGGUGCCCGUCCUCCACGUGCCAGGCUGUGUGCCAGCUGAAGGAGUCUAACAUGGCGCUUCCACAGUUGGUGCAGUGCAAUGUUUGCACACUUGAGUUCUGUUCCGCCUGCAAGGCCAGCUGGCACCCGGACCAAGACUGCCAAGAGAACAUUCCCAUCACCGCGUUUCUGCCUGGAGAGAGCAGUUCGUUCUUUAAGGCUGACGAUGACGACGCCCCCAUCAAACGCUGUCCCAAGUGUAAAGUCUACAUAGAAAGAGACGAGGGCUGUGCCCAGAUGAUGUGUAAGAACUGCAAGCAUGCUUUCUGCUGGUACUGCCUGGAGUCUCUGGACGAUGACUUCCUCCUGAUCCAUUAUGACAAAGGACCCUGCCGGAACAAAUUAGGCCACUCCAGAGCCUCCGUGAUCUGGCACAGAACGCAGGUGGGUGCUCACGGGAAGGAGCACAUGUUUUCUUCCUCCUUUUUUCUCCACUGAGAUCAGAAUGAGUGCACGUGCGCCUACACGUGACCGAAUCGUAGGCAUCCAUUCAGACGGUGUUUAUUCAGGAAGUAAAUGGCUGUCUGUUCUCGAGCAAGUGAUACCUGCUGUUUGACAGCAGAUUAUAAUACAAGACGGUCACUUUGGGACAAAUUCACUAAAAUGAUUCAUCAAAUGAUGGAGAAGAGCAGUAUAACCAGACAUAUAUUUAGAUGAGCAAUUCAGACAAGCACAUUUUAAAAGGCCAUCUCCGGUACUCCCUCCACCCGUUGUGUUUCAUUUGUUCAGACUAAAUAAUAAUAGAAGAAUAUUACAUUGAAAAAGGC